AUGUCAGGGAACGGACGGCUGAUCCUUACCUUGCUCUUCGCUCUGUGCGUGCUGGACCCAGCAUGCGAGGCGUUCACCAACCUCUCGAAGUCCUCUCUGCCUGUGGCUGCUCCAUGGGCUGAAAACAUCGCCAGCUCCAUUGCGCAGGUUGUUGGAGCAGGAGCCUGGCUGGCGAUCUGGAGCAACCUGGCCAAGUAUGGGAUGAUCGACCCUAAAGUGUCGCGCAAGAUUGUUCAUUGCGGGAGUGGACCUCUCUUCCUCCUGACCUGGCCUCUUUUCUCCUCUUCGCACACAGCUCCUCUACUCGCCUCCAUCGGUCUUUCCGUCCAGUCCGCAGCCGACUCUGACGAGCUCCCUGCAGUCCCGACCAUCAACGCUCUGCGCCUUGCCGGAGAGGAGGAGGGUCGAGGGGAGAGUGACGGGAGGAGACGAAGAGACUCUGGGUUGGUCACAGCAAUCUCUCGGUCAGGGAGGUCAGAAGAGGUCAUGCAGGGACCGCUGAUCUACACUCUUGUCCUUCUGUGGGGAGUUGUCGGCGGUUGGCAGCAAGCUAUGAGCAUCACGGCUAUCACGCAGAUGGCUGCUGGGGAUGGACUGGCGGACAUUGUUGGGAGGAGGUGGGGAGUAGUCAAGUGGCCCUGGAGUGACAGCAAGAGUAUCGCCGGGUCGCUCGGAUUCGUCGUCGGGGCAUCCGUUGUCAUGAUGGCUGAACUUUUGUGGUUCAAUGCCUUUGGCCUUCUCUCUUUCAAAGGGACGGAAGUUUAUGAUAAGGUCAUCCUCAUCUCCCUUCUCUGCGCUGCAGUCGAGCUCAUCCCCCUAGACAAGGUCCUCCCUGGUCGUCUCGGGGACGACAACGUGACGGUGCCAGCGGUGGCGGCUGUGCUGGCGCUGCUGCUGCUGCGAUGA